GGAGGACGAGUAUAUAAAUUGCCCGGGACAUGCAAUGAGCAGACAGGGCAGCAGAGGAAGAAGGACGAGUAUAUAGACAGAGCAUUGUAUACAAAGAUCAGGCAGAGCAGGAAGAUGGCAAGGCAUGGCCAUGUAGGUGCUCCAGUGUAUAAUAUGAAUGGUCACAAUGGUAGGGAGUGUUGGGAGAAAACAAAGUUUCAGUUUGGAGAUUUCACAUUGGAUGCCACAAAUGGGCACAACAGCUGCAACCUGGGCACUGUGCUGUGUGUUAUCACAGGAGCCUCCCGGGGGUUUGGCAGGAGCCUGGCAUUGGAAUUAUGCCCCAGAGUGGUGCCAGGCUCUUCCCUUCUGCUGGUGGCCCGCACAGGGCAGGCACUGCGUGUCUUGGCUGAAGAGCUAGCAUUCCAGUACCCAAAAAUUGGGGUGAAAUGGGUGGCAGCAGACCUGGGCUCAGCAGACGGGGUGAAGAAGACGGUGCAAGCUGCACAGGAGCUGAAUGGACGGGGCACGGCACAAAGGAUCCUCAUUAUCAAUAACGCAGGGUCCAUGGGUGAUAUUACCAAAUCUUUUCUGGACUUCACGGACCCCCUAGAGGUGGACAGAUAUUUCUCCUUCAACGUGUCAUCGGCGCUGUGUCUGACCUCCUCCCUGCUGAAGGUUUUCCAGGGACGUCCUGGGCUGCAGCGGCUGGUGGUCAAUAUCACAUCUCUGGCUGCCCUGCAACCAUUCAAGUCCUGGACGCUGUACUGCGCCGGAAAGGCGGCCCGGGAUAUGAUGUUCAAGGUGCUGGCCGAGGAGGAGAAGGAUGUCUGCGUACUGAACUACGCACCAGGGCCCAUGAAUAACGGCAUGCAGGACCAGGUGCAGAGUCACACAGCGGAUUCCGAGGUCCGCCAUCAUUUUACUGAAAUGAAGAAAAGCGGAGAACUUCUUGACUGUCACGUCUCUGCAAAGAAAAUGAUGGACAUUCUUAAGAAAGACACCUUCAAAUCUGGCCAGCACGUGGAUUUUUUCGAUUAGUUUCAGUCCUUUGUGUAGCGCAUCCCCCAAAAGAGCCGCUGGUGAAUAGGGAUCCCCCACCCUGCACAGCCCGACACACUGAAUUUUCAAAGGCACACUUUAGACAGGAAACAGUCCAGCAACUUUUUAUUUAUUUUUUAUUUAGGGGUUAAUAAAUUCGGAUGGGAUGAUUAUGGGAUGCCCACUUGGCUGGAACAAACUUCUUCAGGGACACUUCAACUUUAUACACAGUCUAUGUACACUCUAUUACUUCUUCAGGGACACUUCAACUUUAUACACAGUGGGGUAGAUUCAGGUAG